AUGUCUAACGUCCCUUCCGAAGUUCGGUUGGAUCAUUCUUUCGUAAAGUGGGAUAAAGAUUGGAUUAACGAAGUUCUCCCUGAGGUUUAUUUAUGAUUUUAAUUCGAAAAAUGAUUAUUCUUUCUUAGGACACGAUUGAAAUUCAUAGAGAUUUUGAGCCGGAUAUCGAAUCGGACACGAUCCCAAGCACAAUCAGGCAGGUAAGAAAUAAAAUAGAAGGAUUUAUAGUGAUUUUUUUUCUCAAUUUCUGAUUUCAGGAUCCUUUGCCGGACCCGAACCUGGCUUGGCCUGAGACCGCGAUCGACCAAAUUCAAAUGGGAACAUCGAGAACCGAAACACCACCGCAAAAUUAA